AUGGGGGCCAUACUAUCUCUUCCCUUCACCCUACUCAACUUCCUCCUCCCAUUCACCCGCGCCGGCACACCACUAUCGCAAGAUCUAUUACACACAGCCAUACUCUGCGGAACCCUAUAUUUUGCCCCGCAAAUCGGUGAAUGGUACAAUGCCCGCCAACAAGGCGCUCACCGCACGCCUUCGGACCAGACAGACACGCACGAACCCACAGAUCAACCCGGCAACGACCUCCCAAACAGCGACACACAAGCCGCCGCCGACCCACCCCUAGAUGAGCGCCUUGUCUUCCAAGACGACGACGAACCCGACACCACCCCCGGCGCCGCCCGACCACGCGCACCCACACCACCACCAGCGCCCCGCCACCAAGCCCACGUCGAAGACGACGAGCACCGCGACCCCUUCGCCCCAGGCCCCGCCAACCCGCCUCCGCAACAACCCGCCCGCGCAACCCCCACCCACCGCACCGUCGGCACCAAAAAAGCAAAGUCCCUCGCCCGCAGAGACCAGCAGCGCGCGUACAACGAGUGGCUCCGCCAGGAAGCCGAGAUCCGGCGUCGACAAGAAGAUGAGGGCCGCGAGGAGCGCGAGGCGGCGCUCGCACUCGAACGAGAGCGUCGGGCUGCGGCUGAGGAGGUGAUUCGGGCAAAGGAGCGAGAAGAGCGGGAGGCGCUGAAGAGGGAACGCGAGAGGGAGGCGGACGAAGAGGCUGAGAGGAGGGAGCGCGUGGUUAGUUAUGUAAAGAAUAGGAUUGAAGAGGCCGGAUGUGUGGAUUUGGUCGAGGCGGCGUGGAAGGAAGGCAAAGAUAGAGUGUGGGUGGAGAGAUUGGUCAGGGCAUCCGGAUUACUGGGCCAGUUGACGACAGAAGGGAGGACUGUCAUGCUCACCGGCAGGGACUGGCUCGUUCGCAUUGAUCAGCAGAUCAUGGACAAGGCAUAUGCUGAGGCGGAGCGCUUCGGCCAGGAACACGGCGGUAAGGUGGCCUUUGAGGAUUUUGGAAACAUCCUGCAAAACGUGGUACUGCGGGGCGUAGAGGCGUGA